CUCAGCCCGCGGCUUAUGGCGUGGGCAGGGCCCGUGGGCGGGGCUUCGGGCCGGGCUAGGCACUGCCCCUCGGGAAGCGCACGGCCGGGAGGCCCCCGGGGGGGCUCGGUGCGUUGGGAGCGCGCGCGGCGCGAUGGGGAAAGCGGUUGGUGUCAGGUGCUUGCCCGGCGUUGUGGCAGAGCUCUGGGCAGCCCCCAGUCCUCCCAGAGAGCACUCAGUUGCCGUAAGCCCGGGCGCGCCCCGGGAGAGGCAGGGCCGUGCCCACAGGCAGGCAGGGCAGGGGAUCUGAUCUCGGUCCCCUGCGGUCCAGAGCGCUGCCUCUUGCCCAAGGUGGUGGGCAGGUGCCGGGCCUCCUUCCCACGCUGGUGGUACAACGCUACAAGCCGGACGUGCCAGCGUUUCACCUACGGCGGCUGUGGGGCCAACCUCAACAACUUCCUGGUGGAGGACGAGUGCCGGGUAACAUGCGCUGUGGCCACAGAUGGGGAGGACUUGAAUGAGAUUCCGCAGGCCAGCCAGAGAACAGGGCACAGUGCAGAUGAGGAGCCCACCAGGCGCGUCCAACCGGCCAACGACUCUUUCCCCUACGCAGAGUCCUGUGCUGCGCCCCGCCUGACCGGCCCCUGCCGCGCUGCCUUCCCGCGCUGGUACUACGACCCGGCCGCCCGGGCCUGCAGGCAGUUCAUCUACGGGGGCUGCAAGGGGAACAAGAACAACUACCUGCAGGAGGAGCUGUGUCUGCGCCAGUGCAGCGGGGCCGCAGGGGGUGCUGAGGGGUCCGAGCCGGGCGUUCACUCCAGCAGAGUGGUGGCCCUGGCCGUGCUGCUGGCCAUCCUCGUCGCUGUCCUGCUGGGCUCCGUGGUCGUCUUCUUCGUCUGGCUGUGCAGGAGGAACCAGGAGCUGUCUCUGAGUGUUCCCUGGAGCCCCCUGGACGACAAGGAGUACCUGAUGAGCAACGCCUACACGCUGUGAGGCCGGGCAGCCGGCCCAUGGGCUGCCCCUGCUCCGCUGGGCUCCGGCCGGGACCUGGGCCUCGGCCGUGUGUACCUAGCAGAGAGUGACUGGAGCUGGGUGUGUGGGAAUGUCCCUGGGUUAUAAACUCCCCGCGCCAGCAACUGCUGCGUGUUUGUGUCCCGGCCACACGGGCGGGGCCUUCGCUGCACCCGGGCCUCUUCUCAGGGGCUUGCUUCCAUUUUUUUAAACUUUUUUUACCAGAAUAAUUAGUGUGAAACUUGCUAGUGGCAGACGCUUGGGGUCUCAGACGCCUGCCCAUCCGUCCGCAGACAGCAGGGCCUCGCUGGGGCCGUUUCUCUGCUUAACAAGCCUUUAGAAUCGGGGGGUGGGGGUUCGGUUGGGAGAGAUUUAAAUAGCCAGAUCCCCGAGUGCCAGCCGCAUGCUGCCCGUGCCUGCCUGUGGGGCCCCGUUCCCUAGAGCGCGGAGCGGCCGCUGGGGGUCCCGCCCUGCGGGGCUGCUCAGGGAGUUGGUAGCAGGAUGUCCCCAGCAUGGGCGGCGUCUGGAGCCAGCAGUGCAGGGAUAAAUGCACAGUGGGGGGGGGGGGGGGGAGCUGUGUGCCCCCAGGCAGGGGGUCUGGAAUUCUCUGAGCAGCCUGCCCAGCCCCAACGCCCCCCCUGCUCUGCCUCCUGGUGCCACUGACCAGCUGAUCUGCCUGGGGGACCCCAUCUCCCCAUGGCCCCGAGGCACCUAUAGGGUAGCUCCUCCCCAGCGUGGCAGGGACAUGGGGUCAUGGGAUUGGGACGGCAGCACUGUGGCUGCGGGUGGGGUGGGUGACCCAAACCCUGGCCCUGUAACCUGACGUAACGCCCUAGGACAGGGAGCUCCUGGGCUGGAGGGGUCCGGCACUGCCUGGGCCUUGGCUUCCUUGGGGGUAUGUUUCCCCCUUCCUACCACGUGUCUGAGCUGGGUCCCCCACGGGCCCAGCCCAGCAGCUGUGGCUGUAGCCCUGAGAGACAGGCAGCCGCUUGCUUGAGACCCGCUCCCUGCCCCACGGGCUCCCAGGGACACUGAGGGGGACCAGCUGGAGUUCCCACCCGCCUGGUUCUCCCACACCGCUGGGAGUGUGUGGGGCACAGGCCCUGUUAACUCUGCAGCCAUGGGGCUGUCACCUGCCCUCAGGGCAGCCGGAAUAGGGGCGAGGGCAAGUCCAGGCUGGGGAUUCCAGCCACGUUGCCCCGUCCCUGCAGAGCGGUGCUCCUGGUCCGUGGUCGAGCAGGGCAGUUCUGGCCUGCAGGCCGCUCCAGUGGCCGGUUCUAACCGGAGCUGGGUGCAGCCCACACUCCAAUGCCUUGCCAUGGCAUAAACCUCAUUGAAACACACCAGGAACCCAUCUGGCUCGGUCUCCGCAGAGUUGGGACUGGGGGGCGCUCAUUUCCCCCCUUCCAGCUCUUCCUCUGCUCGGUGUCUGACGCCAGCCAGCACCUGGGCCCGUAGCAGCCGCCCGGCUCUGGGCAGGGCCUGGUCUAGUGUCUGAGACCCAUGUCGUGGGUGUCGCUGGCAGGGUUGUUUUAUAGUGGGGGACGUAGAGCUCGCCCGAGUGCGAGGGGCAGAGUCUGGGCACUCGGCCAGGCUAGCUGUUAAAUUUGUUUUUUACAGUGAGAUUUCUUUGAAUAAAUGAACAAAGGAAACA